AUGAAAGAGGAUGAAUUCGAGCUAAGCUUUCGUUUUCCCUGGAGUAUCACUGAAGAUGGCGAGAUGUGUUUUGAUUUACUGAAUGUUUUUCAUUCAAUCAACGUGUUUAUAGGUCCGGAACAGACAACGGAAAAAGAGACAAGACCGGAGUACAUACAUCCAGACGGUUUACUAAACUUCGAUCCAUAUUUAUCAGACUUUAAACCAGUAGAGGAAGAAGAUGACUACAUUCCACUACCAGAGAACGACGAGACAAUUGACGGUCUGCCAAUAUUUCUCGUGGAACCAAAGAAUUCUUUCGUACUUCGCAGCAAACCGGCCACCUUACUAUGCAGGGCAGCCAAUGCUCUGCAGGUUUACUUCAAAUGUAACGACGUGAGAACAGACAAGACGGUUCAGCUCGAACACGUAGACCCUCAGAAUGGAGUGAGAGUGGUUGAAGCUGAACUAAAUAUUACUAGGAAUGAAUUGGAUGAAUAUUUCGGUGGGAAAUACAGUUGUGAGUGUUACGCGUGGAACAGUAAGGGGAGGAUUCGAAGUCAGGGUGUCUUCAUUGAGUUUGCUUAUAUCAAGAAGCAGUUCUCUCAGCAACCUCAGUCAGUGACGGCGGAGGCUGGAAGGCAGGUCACUUUCCAUUGCAGGCCACCACCUUCGGCACCUAUGGCAACCAUCAAAUGGAUCCGCAAUGGACUCACAAUUGAACCAACCAACGAAACUCUGGUUAUACCCCGAGUUGGAAUACAGGAUAUGGCAAAUUACACCUGCAUAGCGGAAAAUAUCGCCGGUCGACGGGAGUCAGAUGUUGCAGUGCUAUCAGUAUACGUGAAUGGCGGUUGGUCAGACUGGAGUCCCUGGAUUCCUUGUCGGUGUGGUUCCCAGACAAGUGGAAGACGGAGGACCAGGACUUGUACGGAACCAGCGCCAGCUAAUGGCGGAGCACCCUGUAGAGGCCAGUCCGCUCAGAGUGAUGAUGACUGUCUUAGAUGCCAAAGCGGUUCAUGGUCUGCUUGGAACCCCUGGUCAUCUUGUAGUGAGGAAUGUGUCAGGGUCCGCCGGAGACAAUGUAUCGGUACUUGUUCAGGAUCUACUUUACAACACGCUGCCUGCGUUGAUGGCUUGUGUUCAGCUGGUCUCAGGUUGUACAAGAACAACAUGAGCCUGUACGUGGGUAUCGGCAUUACGGUAGCGAUGCUGGCCGCGGGUGCUGCUAUACUGUACGUGUGGUGCCGCUAUCGGACUGUCAGACCGGGAUAUAGUGCCGCAAGGACCGGUAUCCCGAAGGUGUACUCCCGAGACAAGGCCGCAGCCCCCGACCUCACUCGGACUUGCAAUGAGUACUGGAUGAGACCGGACAAUCAUUACGACAUGCCACAAAUGAGAGACAGUUACGCGUCUCCGUUCGGUAACCGCAGUCACCAACAAACGUCUGCGGGGAGCAACCACUGCGAGAUGAAGCCCUACAGUCCCUCGGCGGAGUCCGCGUCCAGCUGUUACACUAAUUCCCGCACGAUGACGUCACGAUCGAGCGAGUGUUCGUCCCAGUUGGCUGAGCUAAUGACGUCAUCACCCACCUCCCACUCCAAGGUAGACGUGGCUGUCACCCUACCCCCAGGACCCGCGGAGAGCUAUAGAGAUAAAAUAUGUUUAACUAUAGUUAAAUAA